AUGUCCACAGAGAAACACGACAUCGAGCAGGUUAGCAUGUCCAAUGCGCCCGCACCCAUGAUGCGCCCGUCGCGCAUAGCAAACGCAGGCCCCGCUGGCAUAUUCUCAUUUGCAUCGACGACGUUCAUGCUCUCCAUGUACAACGUGAACACGCGCGGGGUGCACACGCCCAACGUCGUCGUCGGCAUGGCAGCCUUCACGGGCGGCCUGCUCCAGUUCAUGGCAGGCAUGUGGGAGUUUCCCAGAGGAAACGUCUUCGGAGCUACAGCAUUCUCAUCAUACGGCUGCUUCUGGAUGUCCUACGCUCUCAUCUUUAUCCCAGGCUCCGGCAUUCUCAGCGCCUACAGCAGUCCACAAGAACUCGGCAAUGCAAUCGGUGUUUACCUCAUCACCUGGAUGAUGGUCACCAUCCUUUUCACAAUUGUCGUUCUUCGCCGGAACGUGUCCUUUGUGGUUCUUUUAUCGAUUCUGUCGCUCGCCUUUGCUCUUCUUGCGGCUGGGUCGUUCACCGGUAAAGCAAACAUAACGAAAGCAGGAGGCAUCGUGGGCAUUAUCGUCGCGCUGAUUGCUUACUACAUCGGAUUGAGCGAGAUGCUUGAGGCGGAGAGACGACCCGUUAUGAGGCUUCCUCGUGGUGUUUACGACUAA